AUUUCAGGACAAAUUUCUCGGCUGGUCGAAGGCCAUGUGACAAAAUAUGGUCUUCCACUGGAACAUUCUGCGCAGUGUACUGUUUUACUGAAAUUUGGUUCCUUGAAUGCAUCAGGCCUGUACACAUUUGUUUCCACGAUUGAAGAUGUGCUCUUCAAAUGCAUUGCAGUUCGAAAUACAGCACCGGUUUACAAACAAGACGAAGUACAGAUACACUGUUACGAUGAAUACGCCGCUUAUGUGGACAAAUUUAACAUUCUCAGUGACCAGAAAGCGCGUGUACGACUGUUUUGUCUUGCAUUCGUUUCCGGAUCGCCGGUUCUGGAAAUAGGCUUGAACGAUCGUCGACGGCAAGGCAAGGUAAAUUCAGUCUUGGACGAUAUGCAAAAUUAG